AGCCCGGAGACCAGGGGCCGGGGCCGCGGGUUACGAGAGGCCGGGGCCGAGGACCAGGCGGAGUCGGCGCCAUGGGGAAACACAGCCGGUCUAAGAACCAGAAGAAAGCCCGGGGGAAUGCAAUUCACCUCGCACAGGAGGAGUACACCAGCGUUCCGCAUUCCUUUGUCUUCCACCGAGGUCAGAUUGGACAUAAUGUGCUGCAGUUGAUCGCAGACCUGAGACGGCUGUUGGAGCCCUUCACUGCUCGUUCACUGACGGUGCGGAAGAAGAACAUGCUGAAAGAUUUUGUCUCGGUGGCCGGACCGCUAGGGGUGACGCAUUUCUUAAUCUUUACAAAAUCAUCGAACUGUGUCAAUUUAGUAAGUAAUAAAGCCGGCCCAGACCUGCUCAACCUCUACCUAGGAAGUCUCAGGCACCUCGAGGUCCUGUUCUGCCCGUGUGAUUCCCAGUAUUCCCUGGUGAAGGACAUCGUCUCGUCGCUGAAGAGGCACCGGAUGCAUGAGAGCCAGUUCACCCACCACCCCCUGCUGGUGCUGAACAACUUUGGAGGGGACGGCAUGCAUGUCAAGCUCAUGGCCACUAUGUUCCAGAACCUGUUCCCGACAAUCAACGUCUACAAGGUUGGCCUGAACACCAUCAAGCGCUGUGUCCUGAUCAACUAUAGCCCAGCCAGUCAGACCCUUGAGGUCCGCCACUACUCCAUCAAGGUGGUUCCUGUCGGGAUGAGCCGGGGGAUAAAGAAGCUGCUGCAGGAAAAGUUCCCCAACAUGAACAGGUUUGAAGACAUCAGUGAGCUCCUGCAGAAAGGAGCCAACCUGUCGGACAGUGAGGCUGAACAGGAUGGAGACCACAACAUAACCGAGCUGCCGCAGAACUACGCCGGCCGCGGCAACCUGAAGGCCCAGCAGAGUGCAAUUCGGCUGACGGAGAUUGGACCCCGCUUAACGCUGGAGUUGGUGAAGAUUGAGGAAGGAAUGUGCGAUGGACAAGUGAUGUAUCAUACAUUUGUUAAAAAGACAGCGGAGGAACUCCAGGAGUGGCUUGAGCAUAAAGAGAAGCAACAGGCGCUGAAGAAGGAGAGACGGAAAAAGCAAGACGAAAAUAUUCGUCGCAAGACAAGACAAAGGAGCGGGAGCUGGAAGAAGAGUUUGGAUGGAAUUAGGAGGAAGACACAUCACGAGGGUGAGGACGAGGAGGACAGCGAGGCUGAAGACCCGGGCGCUGGGGAGAACGUGGAUCGAAAUGACAAGUCUGAGGAUGAAUCGGACCGGGAGUAUUACAGGCAGCAAGUCGGAGUUGAACCAGACAACGAUCUGUUCCCGGCAACUUCGUACAGAAAAAGGAAGAGAGACGGAUCAUCACAGUCAUUUGGAAAAGCCAAGAGGUCCAAGGGCCGUGGGGAGUUUCCCAACAAGCAACGCACAACGCCAGAACAUGAAAGGAACAACAGAAGGAAGACGAUGCAAGGGAGGAAAUCGCAUCUUAUUGGCACUUCCCUGGCUAAUUCCAGAUUCAGGAGCUCGGGGCUCGGGAGUAAAAUGGCAUUUAAGGGCAAAGGUCACCAUCGUCCGGGUUCCAAUGUCAAGGUUCAACGCCCGGGCUCCAGGGUCAAGGUUCAACGUCCGGGCUCCAGGUUCACGGAUCAACGCCCAGGCUCCAGGGUCAAGGUUCAACACCCGGGUUCCAAGGGUCAACGUCCGGGUGCCAAGCCCAAGGGUCAACAUCCGGGUGCCAAGGCCAAAGGUCAACGUCCGGGCGCCAAGGGUCAACGUCCGGGCGCCAAGGCCAAAGGUCAACAUCCGGGCGCCAAAGGUCAACGUCCGGGCGCCAAGGCUAAGGGUCAACGCCCGGGUUUCAAGGCCAAAGGUCAACAUCUAGGCUCCAAGGCCAAGGGCCAACGUCCAGGUUCCAGAGACAGCAACAGCUCCGGCUUCAGCAACAGCAACAGAGCUUCGCAUGCAGACAUCCAGGGGACGUUCUUGCCGCCGCUGUUUGGGGUGGUGUUUGUCGUGGCAUUUGUGGGCAACGCUCUGGCCAUCUGCCUGUUCCUGAGGCAGAGGAAGACCUGGCACUCGGGCAUCAUCUACGCCUUCAGCCUGGCCAUCUGCGACCUGCUCUAUGUCAUCACCCUGCCGCUGAUGGUCGCCUACUACUCGUCCGGCAAGGACUGGGCGUUUGGGGCGGCCCUCUGCAAGUUGGAGCGUUUCCUCUUCACCUGCAACCUGUACGGCAGCGCCCUGCUCAUCGCCUGCAUCAGCCUCAACCGCUACGUGGCCAUCGUGCACCCCAUGUUCGCCCACAAUCACCUCAGGCUGAAGCACGCCAAGAUGGCGAGCCUGGCCGCCGUGCUGUUGGCCGCUUCCAUCACCUCUCCCGCCUUGGCCUUCUCCCAGCUCAGGCCCAAGGGCAACCGCACCGAGUGCCUGGGCUCGGCCAGCGACGAGGCCUUGCCGUCUUACCUGGCCUACAGCCUGUUCCUGGCAGCGGUGGGCUGCGCCCUGCCUUUCAUCGUCACUUUCCUCUCAUACUUGUCCAUCGUGCGGGUGGUGGCGGGCAGCCAGAGCACCGGAGAGUCGGAGCGCCGGCGGGUGUGGCUGCUGGUCUGCACCGUGGUUGUCCUCUACGCCGUCUCCUUCAUCCCGUACACCGUGCUGCGCAACGUCAACCUCUACCGCCGGCUGCACCGGCUGGAUGACGGCAACAGGUCCCGCACCAUCUACACGGCCUACCAGCUGAGCAAGGGCCUGGUCUCCCUCAACGCCUGCAUCCACCCGCUGCUCUACGCCACCCAGCUGGACAACCUGAAGGAGAUGUGGGCGAGCUGUUGCUGCCGGCAGGUCAACACACAGGAAUCACAAAGAAGAGACAAGGGACUGCAGGUUACAAAUAAAGACACAGUGCUGUAGUAACUCAGCAGGGCAGGCAGAAUCUCUGGAGAACAUUAGCAGGCAGCACUUAUGAGAACAUUGACAGGCAGCAGCUCUGGAGAACAUGUACAGAUGGAAUCUCUGGAGGCCAUGGACAAGCAACAUCUCUGGAGAACAUUAGCAGGCAGCACUUAUGAGAACAUUGACAGACAGCUCCUCUGGGGGACAUGGGCAGGCCAACUUUCAGGUCUGGACCCUUCUUCAGACUAAUUGCAGUAAGAAGGAGAAAGCUGGAAGUGAGGUGGAGGUGGGACAAAGCCCAGCAAGUAAUAGAUGGAUACAGGCGAGAGGGGGUUAGGUUGGAAGAUGGUUGUACAAAGACUGGAGAUGAGAAAAUAAAAAGUGUGAGAUAAGGAGACACAAAGUGCUUGAGUAACUCAGCGGGUCAGGCAGCAGCACUGGAGGAUGGGGUAGGUGACAUUUCGGGUUUGGACCCUUUUGCAGAUUGAUAAGGAUGGAAUUAGCAAAAUAUGAAGCCAGAGGAAUAGGGAAAGGGGUAAAGAAGGAACGAGUGAGCAUCCAGGUGGGGCAAAGAGAGCAGGUAAAUGGGGGUUGUUUGUCAGUUGGUUAACUAAAAUUGGAGAAAUCAAUGAUCAUACCGUUAGGUUGUAAACUACCCAAGUGGAAUAUGAGGUGCUAUUCGGCCAGUUUAACUGGGGUCUCAUUCUGGCAAUAGAGCAAGCCCAGGAUAGAAAUAUCAGUAUGGGAAUGGAAAGCGGAGUUAAAAUGAUUAGCAACCAGGCGAUCCAGCAGGUCUUGGUAGACUGAGAACAAGGGUUCAGUGAAGGUGUCGCUUAGUCUAGGUCUUUCUCAAAGUCACAGUCCAUUUGCUCUUUCUCUAUGUCACAUUCCUGUGAAUUGCUGUAACGACAUGGCUCUAAAACUCUUAGACAGCAAAGCACUUCUGAGCAAGGUGCCUCUGACUAUAAUAAUGGAUGUUGUGGUUCAGUCUUUUGCUAGUUUUAAUUAGAGAUAAGAGAUAAGACAUUUAAUAUAAGUUAGGGUUAGGUUAGUAUGUCAGACCUCUCAUGUUUAUAUAUAUCUGAGAAAGUAAUUUUGCUCUGAAGCAACAGUGAUUGGGUUAGUAAUACUUAAGAUAGUUAAUUUUAUUCUAACUAUGUGAGUUGUAAUAAGACCAUCUGUGCUCUGGGUGCGAAGUAUGUUGUGUUUGAAUUAGGAUUAGAAACUAAUGUUUGUGUUUAGGUUUAUAGUUUCAGAGAUAACAUUCUUCCCUGAUAAUGGGAACUGUGUAUUAUGUUUAUAUAAAUUGUGUGACCACUG